AAAGGAGCAGCAGCUGCUGUGACGCUGGUGCCCACUAAAACGGUACCUGCGGCAGGUAGUUCAUCCACGGCACAAAUAUCGCUAAUCUCGAAAUCCCGUGCUCCUGUUAUACUGAGCAAGGCGGCUGUCGAGAAAAUCCGCUUCAAAUUUAGCCAGGUGCAAGCGCAGGCCAACUCAGGUGCGCUCAUUCUGACCAAGGCGUUCAAGGGCAGCACAAGCAACACCAACACCAAUAACAUAAUUGCUAGACCUGCACAGGAGAGUAGUGCAGUCAGUCAACAGUCAGCCACGGUUAUUGCCACGUCGAAACCCAUUUCGAUUCCCGUAUCCGUACCCGUACCCACACCCAUACCAAUGCCCACUCCCAUGCCGAUGCCAAUGGCAAUGGCAACGCCAAUGUCCACAAAUGCCACCACAAAUGUUGUGCUACCUGAACUCAAGAUUAGCGCAUUGCCAGCUGCUGUGCAUUUGAAUGGCGCCAAGAUCAUGCAGGUACAAGGAGGCACAUUGACGGUGGUCAUGCCACCUUUAACGCCAGCUCCAACGAUGGCCACGACCCCAACAAACCAGGAACAAGAUGCGCCAGCCAAAUUGCAGCGUUCCAAGUCAUUGGCGGGCAAUGAUGAGAACGAUGCGGCGGAUUCAAGUCAACAAAGCAAUUCUACAGAGCGACGACAUUCGGUGGCCAUAAUGUCCAAGGAGGUGGAUGUGGAGGAGCAGCCAAAAACAAUCGAAACCAUAACCAUAGAUGAUGACAGCGAGGAGGAGGUGGAGCAGCAGCAGCAACAGCAGCAUCAGGUUGUGAAGAAGCAAGAGACUGUGCAGCAAGCGCAGCAGCCACAAGAGCAACUGCAACAAGAGAUGCCAUCAGCACAAACGUCCAGAAAGAGCUCAACUGCGAGUCGCAGCAGCAUUGCCAGUGUGGCAAGUGUGGCAAGCAGCAGCAGCGUGGAGAUGAUAAUGCCAACUGCAGCUAUUCAGCCAGAGCAGCAGCAACCACAACUGAAACAGCCGGAGCAGCCGGAGCAACUAGCGCAACAGAAUACACCCAUGAUAAGCAUUGUUAAAGCUGAAUCUCUGUCCGUGUCCAAAGAGGAGUUCGAGAAAUCUCUGCACUGCACCGAAAAGGUUGAUCCCAAUUCACCGCCCGUCAAUGCCAAAAGCAGAGCAUCGACAACCAAUCAGACUUCUUCGGGCACCAUCACACUGACGCCCAUUUCUCGACUCCAGAGCCAGAGCAAUGGUGUGGAUCACAAACCAGCUGCUGUCGCCAGCAACUUUAAGCGGAACAUGCAACUCAACUUUGGCAUGCUACGCUGGCGGGAACAGCAACCAGGCACACUCCAGAACUCCACCAUGCGCUUCGAGCUCAAUCAGUUCAGUUUGCUGCAACUGUCGGAGCGUUGCGAGGGUCGCAAGGGUCCCGCCAAUUACUUCGAGCGUGCGCUAUUCGAUCGUCCUGGACGUAGGCCCAACAGCAGCUCCCAUCCUCUGCUCUAUUUGUGCUCCCGCUGCAAUUGUCAUGGACCCGCCUCCGAUUUCUUGGCGCCACGUUUCUGUUCCAUUUGUUGUGUGCGACGUGCGCAUAAACGUCGUCAGCCAAAUGCACCCAACAAUGCGACAGAGAGCAAGAUGAGUCGACAGGAUGCAAAGAUUAGCAAUGGACAUGUGAAGCAGCAGCCACAGCAGCAGCAACAACAACAGCAACAACAGCAGCAGCAGCAACAACAACAACAUUCACGUGAAAGGGAACGAGACAGGGAAAGGGAGCGGGAACGUGAUCGUGAUCGGGCCAAGACAAUGACAGCGUUAACGACAACGGCAUUAAAGCGUCAAUUCCGCUGGACAGAGUAUCUCAAGGUAGUGGGCAUUGGCCUCGCAGCACCCAUACAUCUCUUCCUGAAUCCAUUUCCCAUCAGUCCCAAUUGCUUUGAGCGUGGCAUGAAACUGGAGGCAAUCGAUCCCGAGAAUUGUUCGCUCUUCUGCGUCUGCACGAUUGUGGAGGUGCGUGGAUAUCGAUUAAAGCUCAACUUUGAUGGCUAUGCCAGCAUGUAUGACUUUUGGGUAAAUGCCGAUUCCAUGGAUAUCUUUCCACCUGGCUGGUGUGCACGUACAUCGCGCAUAUUGCAAGCACCCAAGGGAUAUUGUCCGGAUCGCUUCACCUGGUAUCGUUACCUGGUGAAGACGAAUUCGAAGGCAGCGCCAUUGGCAUUGUUCACCCAUCUGAAUGAGCAAUCGCAGUCGCGUGUCAAUGGCUUCCAGGUGGGCAUGCAUCUGGAGGCCGAGGAUUUGAAUGAUACGGGCAAGAUUUGUGUGGCGACUGUUGCGGAUAUAUUGGAUGAGCGCAUACGCGUCCAUUUCGAUGGCUGGGAUGAUUGCUACGAUUUUUGGGUGCACGUGAAUUCGCCAUAUAUUCAUCCUUGCAGUUGGCACGAAGGACGCCAACAGUUAAUUGUGCCACCGGAUUAUCAGAAUGUCGCCUUCAAUUGGCCGGAUUACAUUGCCGAAGUGGGCGGCGUUGCGGCGCCCGCUCAACUGUUUGCACCUCGCGAGCCCAUGGAGUUCCAGGCGCGCAUGAAGCUCGAGGUGGUCGAUCAACGGAAUCCCUGCCUCAUCCGACCGGCAACAGUCAUCACACGGAAAGGGUAUCGCGUGCAAAUCCACUUGGACUGCUGGCCAUCGGAGUACUACUUUUGGCUGGAGGACGAUAGUCCAGAUCUGCAUCCCAUUGGCUGGUGUGAGGCCACCUCACAUGAGCUGGAGACUCCGCCGGGCUUCCGGCAACGCCCCUCUCAAAUGCCCUGCGACGUGGAGGGCUGUAGGGGCUUUGGUAACGCCAAACGCUUCAAUCUCAAUGUACACGCUCUACGGGAUUGCUGUCCCUAUGCGCCCGAGAACUGGCGACAGUGGCGUGCCAAGACGGUGAAGCCACCUCGUGUUCUUCCCGAGCAUAUCAAGCAAACAAAGUCGCCCAGCUCGUCGUCUGCUAAGGAAUCCUCGCCCCUCUUGCUGUCACGCUUGAGCAGCACAAAGCCAACCACGGGGAAGGCUAAAUCGCGUGUUAAAACAGAGAAAUCGCGGCUUAGCUUAGACUCCGAGCCUAAGCCAAAGUUGAAGCGGGAAGAUCACAAGCCAUCAUCUAUAGAGAUAAAGCAAGAGGACAAGGAGCAAGUUCCUGUGCAACGUGAGACUGCUACAGUGAAUUCCCUCUGCCUAGCCAUUGCCAAGCCCAUUGUAGAGGAGUAUGGACCACAAUUCGCUCGGAAUUAUCGUUUGUGGCAGAAGAACAGCGACUUUGAUAUGGGUCAACUAAAGAGUAAUCCACUGUAUUGGACCAACUGGGAUGUCUAUGAGUUUGUGGAGCGUGCCCUGAAGUCUUCCAACAUUGCACAAAUGCUCUUCGAUGAGGAAAUCGAUGGACGCGCCUUGCUGAUGAUGGGACGCAAAGAUUUGGCCACAUAUUUCAAUCUGAAAGUGGGUCCGACUGUCAAACUCUUCUCGCUGAUUGUUAAUCUGAGGAUUGCGGUUGCAUGCAAGUUUAAGACAACACAGACGGGUCUGAACUACAAACGUUCCAAGAUGUCGAUGCCAAAUAAAGAAGGAAUCAGCUCGGAGAAACAGGAGUAUAUUGAUGAUAAACUAAAUUCCAAGCUGGAUAGUCGUUCAGUGUCGGAUCGAUCAUCGAACAGUCCCGAACAGCGGGAAGCAGCUGGGACGGACGAUUAUGACUAUGAUCAGGAUGAGUAUACAGCUCAGGAGGCAACUGACGAGGAGGACGUCAUAUUGGAUAGCGAUGAUUUUCUCAGCGUUAAGCCAAGUCACAGCAUUGCCACAAAUAUGGAUAAGGACUCGGAUGUGGUCAUGACCGCAUUGGAUUCGCUGCCUUCGACUGUAGCAAGCAUAUCGUAGAACUCAAUUGCCCCGAUUCCAAUUCCGAUCCCGAUCCCGAUGCUCCCACCCUCGAUUAAGUACGAAGCACGUUUAGUUUUAUGGCAUCCCACAAUUUGAUUAGUUGACCUAUAUAUUAUUGUUAUAAGAUUUGUUGCGAUUGCUAGUUUCUUUCCACUGAUAUUUGGGUACAUUUAUGUAGUAUUUAUUGUUUAAGCCAUUUGAUUAAAGUUAAUCUAUAAUCUAUACACGUAUAGUUUUGAGUUAACUCAAUAAAAUAAAUAUACUGCGCUUUACGGCAGUUAUGAAUUUCUUUGA